GCUUCACACUUCCAUCAUGUCCGACUCACAAUCACCCGACCAACCGCAGAACACCGGUCCAUCUAAGAGCGAAUUGAAAAAAUUAGCCAAAGCUGCAGAGAAGGAGAAACGCGCCGCUGAAAAAGCUGCAAAGCAACAGGAACUUGCUGCCCAGCAAAAAGCAGAGGCCGACCUGGACUGCGCUACAAGUUUCUAUGGCGCCUUGCCUUUAAAUCAAUCGCAAAGCCGACCACGUAGGCCAAGAGAUAAAAUCGCUGAUUUAUCUUCGCGCGUUGGCGAAAUCGUCGUUUUGCGUGCACGAGUACAGACUUCUCGAGCCCAAGGAAACAAGAUGGUCUUCCUCAAUCUUCGUCAGACCACCGACACCGUGCAGGCUCUUCUGACCGUCACUCCUGAAAAGGUGUCCAAGCAGAUGGUUAAAUGGACGGCCGGCUUGGCCGAUGAAAGCAUCAUUCUAGUCGAAGGCACCGUGACAAAGGUGCAAGAGCCGAUCAAGAGCGCAAGUGUAAGCGACGUUGAAAUUCAUGUACAUCAGAUCCAUUUGAUCUCUGGGAUCGAUGGUAGACUCCCAUUCUCCGUAGAGGACGCUGCGCGCCCAGAUACCGACUUAGAAACAUCGGAUGUUCAAUAUAACCGUGUGCUUUUGGAAACUCGCCUCAACAACAGAAUUGUCGAUCUGCGUACACAAACCAGCCAAGCCAUUUUUAAGAUACAGUCGGCCAUUGGAGAUCUCUUCCGUGAAUACUUAAGUUCUCACGGAUUCAUCGAGAUCCACAGCCCAAAACUGCAAGGAGCUGCCACAGAAUCGGGGGCUUCUGUUUUCAAAGUUGGCUACUUCAAAGGGAAUGCUUACCUAGGGCAAUCUCCUCAACUAGCAAAGCAAAUGGCGAUCGCGGCCGACUUUGAAAGAGUAUACGAAAUUGGUCCUGUUUUCCGCGCCGAGGACUCGAAUACCCACCGUCACCUUACCGAGUUUAUUGGACUCGAUCUCGAGAUGACGAUUGAAGAACACUACCACGAAGUAUUGGAAGUAUUGGAUGGCUUGUUUUUAAGCAUAUUUAGGGGCCUCCGCGAGAAAUACACCAAAGAGAUCGGGGUUGUACAAAAGCAGUUCCCAGCAGAUGAUUUCAAGUGGAGGGAAGGGCUUGAGGGAACGUUGCGGUUGACCUUCCGCGAGGCCGUUGAUAUCUUGGUGGAGGAUGGUGUCCGUAGAGAGGAUCUAGACGACUUUAGUACUGAAAAUGAAAAGAGAUUGGGGAGACUUAUCAAGGCCAAGUAUGAUACCGACUAUUACAUCAUUGACAAAUUCCCCAUGGCACUUCGCCCCUUCUACACCAUGCGAGACUCCGAAGAUCCCACACUCUCCAACUCUUAUGACUUUUUCAUGCGUGGUGAGGAGAUUCUUUCGGGUGCUCAACGAAUCCACGACCCUGCGGUUCUCUGCGAAGCGAUGCGUUCGAAAGGUGUUGAUCCCGAAUCGAUGAAACCAUACGUUGACGGUUUCCGCAUGGGAUGCAACCCUCACGGUGGAGGAGGAAUCGGAUUAGAGCGAGUGGUGAUGUUGUUUUUGAAGUUGAACAACAUCAGACGUGCGUCGUUAUUCCCAAGAGAUCCCAAGCGGUUGGAGCCGUGA